AUGCCGGUCAAAGAUGCGAAGGGUGUGAAACAUUGGAAGCCAGUGAAGGUGAACGCUAGGGAUCAUCUAAGGAUCCCAACUUCCCCCCCUGGAUUGUCACCUGAAGAAUAUGAGAAACACCUGCAAGGCUACCUCUCAGAGAUAGACAUAGAAGAAAUGUCGCAGAACAAGCCCCUGUGGGAGGUCUAUAUCUUCAAGUACUGCACUCCUGGUGCAGUGAACACCCUCGUGUUCAAGCUCCACCAUGCAAUUGGGGAUGGCUUCUCCCUGAUGACAGCAUUGUUUUCCUGUCUGCGAAGAGCCGACGACCCGUCCCUGCCACUUACAUUUGCAUCUUGUAAUGGUUCCUCUAAGCAACACCGUUCUAAAAUUGAAAACGGAACCAUAUGGAGACAUCUCUCACCGCUUUGGUUCACCUUUCAAGACUUUGGCUGGAGCCUGCUGAAAAUCAGUUUGCUUGUAGAUCCUAAGUCUCCUAUAAGAUCAGGAGAACUCCGGGUUGAGUUCAAGCCAGUGUUUAUCUCCUCUAUUUCCCUUUAA